AUGACCUUUCAUUUCUGCUUCUAUCUAUCUAUGUGUGUAAAGUUGAUUGUUUAUCUAUCUUUCUGUGUGCAGGUUGAUUAUCUAUCUACCUAUCUUUGUGUAGGGUUAUCUAUCUUCCUAUCAGUGUGUAGGGUUGAUUAUCUAUCUAUCUAUCUAUCUAUCUAUCUAUCUAUCUAUCUCUGUGUAGGGUGGAUUAUCUAUCUUCCUAUCAUGUGUAGGGUUGAUUAUCUAUCUAUCUAUCUAUCUAUCUAUCUGGUUGAUUAUCUAUCUAUCUAUCUAUCUAUCUAUCUAUCUAUCUUGGUUGUCUAUGUACCUAUCUGGUGGAUUAUCUAUCUUCCCUAUCUGUGUGUAGGGUUGAUUAUCUAUCUAUCGAUCAAUCGAUCUACGGUUGAUUAUCUAUCUACCUCUCUGUGUAGGGUUGAUUAUCUAUCUUCUUAUCAGUGUGUAGGGUUGAUUAUCUAUCUAUCUAUCUAUCUAUCUAUCUAUCUAUCUGUAUGA